AUGAAUGGUGUAGGCAAGAAGACCAAGAAGUUCGCGAAGAAGGCGCCCGAGGCGCGCCAGGGCGCCAAGGGGGGGCCGCGCAGGAAUAAGGGCGACGGCAAGGCUACGGCGGCUGGAAAGCCCAAGCCCGGGAAGCGGCCCGGGCCCGGGCUGAAGCCGGGCGGCGGCGUCAGCAAGCAGAAGCUCUCAAGCGCCGAGCGCAAGCAGCUUAAGCGGUCCAAGGACGAGAAGCGCAAGAAGAACUUCGGGCUCGUCCAGCAGGCCGUGUCGCUCUGGGAGAAGCUGCGCCCCCACGACGUGCCAAAGGACCAGCGCAAGGGGCUGGUGGCCAAGCUGCUCGAUGUGUGCCGCGGCCACGUCGUCGAGCUGUCCAACCAGCACUCGGCGUCCCGGGUCGUCCAGUCGAUCCUGAAGCACGGAUCGGAGAAGCAGCGCCUGGAGGUGCUCGAGGAGUGCAAGGAGCACAUUCUGCCGCUCGCGCGCAGCCCGUACGGCCACUUCGUCCUGCGGAAACUCAUCACGAGCCUCGGCGCAAAACAUCACGCUGUCUUCCUCCGCGCCGUCAAGGGCAACGUCGUGCAGCUCCUCCGGCACCCGUCGGGCGCCGCCGUCAUCGACGACAUAUACCACCAACUCCCCCAGUAUAAGAAAACGGAGAUGUGCGCCGAGUUCUACGGGCCAGAGUUCGCCCUCUUCGGCGCCGCGGGCCUCGGCGACGCGCCCGCGAAGCCCGACGGCGCGCACACGUUCUCGGGCCUCGCGGCGGUCCUGGAGAAGUGCGACGCCGACAAGAGGCGCAAGAUUGUCCAGCACGUGGAGCUGCAGAUGACGCCGAUCUUGGAGAAGAUGCUGGUGGAUCCUGAGAUCGUGCAGCGCGUGCUGGCGGAGUUUUUGGAGCACGCGCCGGCGCUGUCGGUGUACGAUGCGGCGGAGACGUUGUCGGGGCCGCAGAUCCUGCGAAUCGUGCACACGCGCGGGGGCGCGCGUGCGGCGUGCGUGGCGAUCGCGGCGGGGACGGCGAAGGACCGGAAGAAGGUCGUGAAGGCGUGCAAGACGCACGUCACGAAGAUGGCGCUUGACGAGUGGGGCCACUGGGUGCUCCUCACGAUCCUGUCCGUCGUCGACGACACACAGCUUCUACGCAAGUUCAUCGUACCGGACAUGAUCGAGGACGCCGUCCCGCUGCUCGCCUCGCGCACCGGCCGCACCGUCAUCCUGCAGCUGCUCGCGCCGGACCAGACGCGCUACGUGCCGCUGUGGGCUCAGGAGUGGAUUCACCCCCCCCCGCGUCGGGUCGGCCCGGCGAAGGACGGCGAGACGCCGGGCGGCGAGGGCGACGACGAGCAGGAGGGUGACUCGGGCAUGGACACGGACGGCGAAGACGCGAGCGAGCUGGAGUCCGACGAGCCACGCGCGCCGCAUGGCGAGUCCGACGACGAGGACGAGGGCGAGGAGGAGGGCAGCGAUGACGACAGUGACGCCGAGGCGGGCACCGAGGGCAAGAUGGAGCUGUUCGGCGGGAGCGAGGGCGAGGAGGACGAGGGGGACUUGGGGGUGGUGGACGACGAGUUCGGCAACGUGGAGGAGCUCGAGGAGGACGAGGGGGGGAGUGGCUGGAAGGUGGGAUGGAUCAAUGUGUCGAAGAAGGACCCGACGGACAGGAGGUGCGAGGUGCUGGGGUCCGGGGAGGGGUCCCUCGCGGCCAAGGUGCUGGAGUGCGUCGCGGAGGGGGCGAAGGAGCUGCUGGAGGACACGCAGGGCGGAGGCGACCUGCUCGUCGAGGUGGCGCGCGCGGGCGCGGACGGCGUCCUGGUGUCGCGCCUCGGCUUCGAGAGCGAGGUGCGCGCAGUCCACGCCGCCAUCUGCGAGGCAUGCCAGAGCACGAAGGAGGACGGGGAGAGUGUACUGGACGGGUUCUUCGAGACGCGCGCCCUGCGGCGCCUCGUCCGGAUGUCGGCGGACGAGGGGGAGGACGGCGAGGCCGCGCGGUGGUUCUGCGCGACGUUCUACGACAGGGUCGCCAAGGGCCGUUGCGGCGAGCUCGCGGGCUCCCGCGGCGCGGGGAAGGUUAUUGCCGCCCUGUGCGAGUGCGGAGACACACAGGUCGCGAAACGGACGCGCGCGGAGCUGGCCAAGGCGCUCGGCGGCGCGAAGAAGGUCGAGGCGUGGAUCGCCGAGUUCCACAAGAAGGAUCGGGCCGGGAAAGGGGGUGCGAAGGCGGACGGAAAACAGGGGGGGAGUGAUGGCGGGAAGGGGGGUGUCGCGGGGUCGGGUGGCGAGGAGGGCCGGGGCGGCAGUGAGAGCGCCAAGGUGCGCCGGGGGAGGGCCGUGGACGCGGACGGUGGUGCGCCGGCGGUGCGGAAGAGAGCGCGACGGUAG